AUGGACUACGUUACCCGAGGGGUCUGCGGUCAAGAUGGUUGCCGUGAGACCCGAUAUUAUCUCGACAAUGGACUUUGGUAUUGUCGGCGCGGCCAUUUGCAGGAGGGUGUCCAAGUCGCAGAAGAUGCCGACGAUUUCGGAAACCUAGGCAAAACACAUCGCCUGAAGAGAGAAACCAGGGAGAAGGCCAGCAAGACACUUCGUGGCCGUCCGGCCUACACGCUUUUCUUGCAAACCUACCAGCUUAUCCUUUGGAAACAAUGUCAUGUCUUGAUUCAUGCACACGAUUUCCCAGAGGAACUUGAGAUCGUUGUUCGCGAUCUCUGGGCUCUUCGUCUGCAAGAUUUUGAAGCGAGAAUCACUGAGGCUACUGAAGAUGACGAGGAUGAUACCGAAUCUGAACUGUUCAGCUCACAACCCGCAGGAAAAGGUGAAUCUCGUGAUGGAUUCAAACCAAACUCGAGGUAUCUCGAAUGGCCUCGUCUGAUUGAUUCUGUUGCACUGUGUUAUCUCGCAGCGUUUUUGAUGCGGCUUCCUGUCUGUGUCAGUGAUUUUCACGAUAUGAUAAUGCGGCAGCAGAUCCCCUACGCUCGAGUCCUGGCAACUGUUCCUCGGGAAAUGAGGGAUAGGCUUCCGCCAGAACUGACUGGGAUCCUUGAAGUCAAUACAAUACCUAAUGCCGAGCGGUUCCACCGCAGCGUCCUGGAAAUAGCGCUGUUCUAUCAGCGCCGAUUUGAAUUGGACCUUCCUCCAUUGAAUUCGCCCAUGGUUCUUUUCCGGCUCAUCAAGAGAUUGGCUUUACCAAUUGAGAUAUAUGAUUCAACUAGGAUCUUGCAAGAACUACUAGACUUCAAAUUUCAGUAUCCGACAACAAGUUCAUACGAUGGCCGAAAAACAGCACUUCUUCUUCCUGACUUGCAAUUGAUGGUGCUGAUUGUCAUUUCUACGAAACUACUUUUCCCAAUCGAUGAUUUGAAAAGGUAUCCCGACACAGAUAAAGAGCCUGCUACGCAGGUCAUGGACUGGACCGUCUGGGCACGCGCGCAGAACAAUUUCGAUCAUGAUCAGCCAUUUGGGGAAAACAUUGGAAAAAAGACUGCCAUUCAGAUCACAGACGAAGAUGUGUUGAGCAUGACAUCUGCCCAAUUAGACACUUACAUGGACUGGUAUGAACGCAGUUGGCUGGAUACUUCUAAGGAACCCAGUCGCAUCGCCGAAAUGUUUCCCAUCAGCCGGGCAGAACAAGAUAUCCAACCAGCCUCUACCGCUGCCCCAGAACCAUCCUCUGCUUCUGUUCCAGCCGUUCCAACCCCUCCCCUUGACCCAGAAUCUUUCUCUACUUCUCCCCCUGCCACUCCUGAUACGACUCGACAAAAGCUCGACCUUUUGCUACAAACAGUCAUGCAAACCCUUAGAACCAGAAGGGUCAUCCCUGAAGACGAAGAGGCCGAUCACAGGCGUCCCGGCGAGUGGUAUCACCGGUAUCGAUGGGAAUCACAUCUCAGUGGCCCCGCACGGACUUUUUACGAGGUGGCAGCCCAGCUCGCUGCAGUCCCAUUGAAAACUCUUGUCCGUGCUGUCACGGUUGUUGAGUUUAGGAUCGCACAGCAAGAUGAAGAGCGACAGAACAGAGAGUACUUCGCUAGUUUGGAAGGAGAAGGAAUGGACACUGACGAAAGCGAUGUUGACCACACGUAUGGAAUUGCUGAUUUUGAAGAGGACAUGUACGACUCGGAGUCCGAAGAUAUGGACGAUGAUGAUUUAAUGUCCAAUUCAAAGAUGUGGUAG